GAAACGGGAAGUGCGAAGAGUUGGAUUCCCAGAGUUUUCUUCUCCAAUUCAAUGACUUUCAAUUUCAAUUAUAAAAAGAAGAGAUAGAGAUGAGACAAAAGGAGGGAGGCAGAAACGGAACAGAGAGAGCCGACCUAGGGUUUCACCCCUAGGUCCGGCGCGGCGUCCUCCGACGAAGGGAACAACAAUUGCACGCCAUGAAUGCUGGUGAUGAAGACUAGUGACGAAGAUGGAGCGCAGCGGUGGAUGGCGACUCAUCUGAUGGACUACGAUUUCACCAUCGAGUAUCACCCGAGCAAGGCUAAUGUGGUGGCCGAUGCCUUGAGCCGCAAGCUGAUAGCUGAACUCCAUGUACAAGCGACGUUAGAUAUGGAAAUCCGGAAUGCUCAGGUGGACUAUGAGUUCUGUUGCAUGACACGAGACCUUGCCUCUAGUGGGAGGAGACCAGAGUUUACGGUUGGUGCUGAUGGAAUCUUGUUUUUCCACAAUCGUCUUGUGAUACCAUACAGGGACGUGAGGGAGCAUCUGCUACACUUGAAGCGUCGGGAGAUUUCUUUCGAAGUGGGGGAUAAGGUUUUUCUUAAGGUGUCACCUUGGAAAAAGGUUCUACGUUUUGUAAAGAGAGGAAAAUUGAGUCCUCAUUUCAUUGGGCCUUAUCCCAUCACUAUGAAGGUUGGCCCCGUAGCUUAUCAGUUGGAGCUACCACCUGAGCUGAGCAAGAUUCACAACAUGUUCCAUGUGUCUACGCUCCGACGUUGCCGAUCAGAUCCGACCCAUCGAUUACCCGAAGGUGCGGUGACUCUGGACGAGAACUUGACAUAUGAGGAUGAGCCGGUGCAGAUUCUAGCACGAGAGGUGAAAGAGUUGAGGAAUAAGAAGGUGCCUCUAGUCAAAGUCUUGUGGCGUAACCAUGCUGUCGAAGAGGCUACGUGGGAGACCGAGGAGUCCAUGAGAGUUCAUUAUCCUCACCUCUUCUUCGAUAGUGAUUCAGAUUCAAUAGGGGCUGUCCGGGCAGUUGGGCUAACCGGGUCAUUGGGCGGACUGUCCGGGCUGCUGGGCUGGCGGGUCCGGUUGUUGGGCCUGCUGCGUUGGGCCAUUGGGCUGGCAGCGUUGGGCCGGUUGAGUGGGGCUGCCUGAACGGGUGAUAAGUUCAGUUUUUUCUUAUUUUAUUCUACAUACUUUAAGCGUUAUUGCACGAAAAUAGUAAUAAAUUUACACAUUAAAGUGUCUAUUAGUGACAAAACUUAGGUUUUGUCUCAAGAAAAAUAAAAUACGGGUUCCGAAUUAAAUUAAGUGGAUUUGU